UUGCAGGGCUGUCAUGCAGAUUUGGCCAACAGUAAGGCAUAUUACCGCCGCUUCCGGAUUUGCGAGGCGCAUAUGAAGUCCUUGAGCCUGAGCAUUGAAGGUCGCUCCUGCCGGUUCUGCCAGCAGUGUGGCAAGUUCCAUCUGGUACGCGAA